AUGAUAAUGGUAUUUUUCCUUUGUCACUGUUGUUAUUGUCAGAAAUAUGCUUAUCCAGACUCAUUGAAAAGACAUUUAAAGAAGCAGUUUCAAGAUCAGGAAGCAAAAGCAACUGCACAAACCGACGACAAAAGUGAAGGGAGUCAAAGCUGCACAGACAGUGAUACAGAAGUAGAUAACGACGAUACUGUUGCGCUUUUGAUGCAUUAUCUCAGCCUAGUGAAGAUCAAAGAGAAAAAGCGCUUAAUAGCAGGAUUGGGAGAUCUCAAACCUGUAGCAUACAUUGAUCACGAAGGAAAAGAACACAGCCUCCUAGCAGCUUCCAAAGUGAUAGACAGCUUAACAUCAUCACAGAAAAAAAAGAGAGAAAAAGGAAAAACAGCCGUUAUUCCUUGCCAUCACACCAAAAAAAAGAAAUCAUUCUGGGGAGGAAAUUGGAGGACUCUGAUAUUUGGUAUUGCUACACAACUAUAA